AUGUCCCCAAGCUUGUUGAGGGGGAUGAGAGACUUCAUCAUGGACAUGGAUAAUGUUAUUGCUAUCCAUGAUCUGGAAGAAUUGGAGGUUGCAGAGGACCUUGGGCCUCAUAGAUGGCUACUAAAAGACAGAAUGGAUCCCUUCAGGACUUAUUCUGACCAAGAAUUUAUUAGGAGGUACCGUCUUACAAAAGAAGUGGUGAACUCCCUUGCACAACGCCUGGCACCACGGAUGAUGGGAGUACAGAACAUCAGAGGCACUGAUAUUACUGCCCACCUCAACCUUGCACUGCGCUACCUGACAUGUGGUAGCUUUCAGAUUGCCAUGGGAGACUGUUCUGAUUUGAGCCAGUGUGGCAUGAAGAAGUGUCCCACCAUGACGAAAUGGGAAAGUUCCCAAGAUAUCGUACCGCACGCCGGCAGAGAGGAUGAGGAGAGGAUCUCCUCAUCCAGUACACUUCCAAUGGAGCUGGCAAGUUUAGCUCCAGAAUACAAUAAGUUCCCAAGUUUAGCCGAACAAGACACAAUGGAAGAACAGUUUGCAGCACUUGCACCCAUGCCAGGAGUAAUAGGAUUCUGCCAUUUACUUGAAAGGCAGCAACAAGAAAACAGGCUAUGCUUCUUACUUGGUGAUGCUGGUUACCCUUGUUUAAGCUAUUUACUCACACCGGUGCCAAAUCCAACAAAUGACAAAGAAGUACGCUUCAACACUGCUCACAUUAAAAUUAGGCAGUCAGUGGAACGCUCCUUUGGAAUGUUGAAACGACGCUCUGGGUGCCUCUGUAUACCUCUGCGUACUCAAAUAGACACAUCAACGCGCAUCAUCAUGUCUUGUGCUGUCCUGCACAAUAUAGCAAUUUCCAAUGAAAUACCCCUUCCCUUGGAUUUGGAUGAACCACACAAUAAUGUUCCACACCUUGAUAUGGGCCCACCACUCUUAGGUCCAGGCUUCAAUGGAGCAAGAGGGUUUGCUGUUAGACGCCGUAUCAUUGAGGAUCAUUUCUGA